AUGCUUAAAAUUUUUUUAUAGUAUUCAAGAAAAGAAUUUAGAUCACAAAAGAUCGUUCAAUAUAUUAUUAUCUUUAAGUGGAAAAAAGGUUUUAAAGAUCAAAGACUAAUAAAACUAGCAUAGAUUCAUUUAGAAUGCUAAAUUAGCUUAUCAAUUCUAUUGAACAAGGGAUUAGAUUAAAAAAUUGUAAUAUUGAUGAAAUUAAUGCAUUUUUUAGAUAAUAUAAAUUAAUGAAUCAGUAUUACUAUGAUGACUAAAAAUUAGAAUCCUAAUGAAAAAGAAGAAAUUGAAUAAUGGGCACCCAUUGGAACUCUAAUUAAUCAACUCACUCCACAUAAUACUGGUAAACUAUUGCAUAUCUUAUCUAAAUUUAAAGAUUUAAUAAAAACCUAAUAGGAAAAUUAUUACAUCCCUUACAAUAUAUUGAAAAUAAAGAUAUAAAUUAAAAAGAUUUAAUCAGCUCAUUAUUCUCAUUAAGUAAAUUAGUGA